CCAACUGAAGCGGGUGUUCAAAGUAUCAUGAAGGUUAUGUUUACUUUCGAUAAUGGCUGAAAGUGCGCACUAAUAUACGAAACACACAAGAAAUAUGAAGUUCAGGGGUAAGAUGACGGAGGUGUUAUGUAUAAAGCAGUUUUCAAAUAUAAUCGGAGCCUUGGCGAAACUGGCGAAAGACUGGAAGUUGCGAAUAACACCGGACAAGAUAUUUUUCACUGUGUCGGAUGGUUCAACUCUGGAGCGACCAUUGGCAUAUUGUAUUAUAGAACAGGCCCAUUUCUUCAACGAGUAUACAGUGGUCGGUGUCUCCAACACACACAAUAUGAUAUGUUUAAUUUUUUCGCCAGACCUACUGGCGCGGGCUACGGCCAACUUGAGGACAUCAGCGAGUACUAAAUCAGUGAAAAUGAAACUGACCAACAAAAUGUCACCUUGCCUCACUUUUGAGAUAGAAUCGGGACAAUCACGGCUUUGUGUACACGACAUUCCUGUGACUGUUGUCCCACGGAGACAGUGGGGGAGCCUUGAAGACCCUGUCCUGCCAACUUUUGAUGUUAGUAUAGAUUUCCCAAAUUUCAGGAUUUUGCGAACAAUAGCAGAACGUAUGCGUAACAUCAACUUGUAUUUGGAGGUUGGGGCCAACUCGCUGGGAACACUUGUAAUUGAAACACGAACAGAUAUUGUCAGACUAAGGACUCAAUUCAGUGAUCUCAAUAUAAACAGCACAGCAAAUGCAUUGCCUGAUCCAGAAAAGAUUCGAUCAGUGAGAGUGGACGUCCGAAAAUUUGUACAAGUUCUGGCUAGUGAACAGUUGCACCCAAACAAAAUGCAGUGUGAUAUAGCUGAUGGCCGCUUGUUGCACCUCUUAGUCAUACAUGAGGAUGUGACUUUGCAUUACUUCUUGUCACAUUAUGACAGCUGAGAUAUGGAAGUAACGCGUCUUCCUUCCUCAAGUAGGGGGGGGGGGGGGGAGGGGGAGAGGGAGAGAGAGAGAGAGAGAGAGAGAGAGAGAGAGAGAGAGAGAGUUGUUGGAUCACACAUCUAUCAGAGUCAUGAUUAUGGUGGAUAGACUACAGUGGGAUAGUAACUUGCUGAUGUGUGAAAAUGCGUUUCCUAAUAAUCUACACAGAAAAGUUUGUCUGCCUGUGGGCAGUAAUUGACAUGUACAGAAAGAAUGUUUGAGUGCGUGGAAAGAAAACAGCAGCUAAUAUACAAAUGUUAUUAUUUCAGAUGAUACAAGUAAAAGGUUUCUUUGCUGCUCAUGCUAGAAGUGAUGAUGUAACACAAAUAUAUUCUUCCUGAGAGAAUAUGAUUGUGAAAUAGAUUGUACUGAAAUAGUUCUGUCAUAGUGGCAUAACAGUAUCAGUUACCUUGUUCUACAUUACCUAUUAUUAUUACUACUCCUGCUGCUGCUGCUGCUGCUACUACUACUACUACUACUACUACUACUACAGUCAAGGAGUACAUGAAGUUUGUUAUACAUUUUUCAUUAUUCACUGGUGUCAGCUUUAUUAUCAACCAUAUAACAAAAUUUUUGUUUAUGUGUGCAUAUACACAGCAUAUACGUAUCAGCAUAUGCUGAUACAUAUAGCUUCUUAGUAAUAUAUUAUUGAUUCUGUAUUAUCUGUAUUAAAUGUGUUGUCUUACUAAGUUUUUGGUUAUUGUGCUCAUUGAGUAGAACAUCAACAAUAUCAGGAAUACACAUAUUGGAUUAUGUUGGUACCAUUCCAAGCUAAGUUACAAAUAAAAUGCGCUAUACAGGGUGUCUCACCUAACUCUGCCACCUCAAAUAUCUCUGGAACAACAAUAGAUAUUCAAAAACGGUUUUCACCAGCAUGAUCGUAUGGCAGGGACUUAGGAAACCAAAUACUAUGCAAAAUUUUAAAACGUAAACAAAUACUGUUUUCAACACGAACUUGUGUAUUUUCAAAUGGACACCCCCUAUUAUUUCAUAUGCAGUCAAUAGCAUGAA